UGGGAAUUUGCUUGCAUCAACGACAGCAAUGGCCACCGCUGAUGUCCAGAACCCGACCGCCGCGCUGACAGAGGAGGCACCUGCUGUGGAGACGCCGGCGCCAGCGGUCGCCGCCGAGGAGGUUGCGAAGACGGAGGAGGCCCCCGCGCCGGUGGAGGUCGAAGCCGAGGUGGCUGCACCCGUCGAGACCAAGGAGGCUGAGCCAGCAGCUACCGAGGUGGAGGAGACCAAGGAGCCAGAGCCAGCAGCCGCGGCCGAGCCGGAGGUCGAGGCGCCCAAGGAGCCAGAGGUAGAGGCACCAGCCGCAGUGGAGGCAGAGACCAAGGAAGCCGAGCCCGAGGCAGUCGCCGAGCCAGAGGCCGCCGCUCCCGCCGUCGCUGAAGAAGCACCGGCGGCGCCGGCACCGGAGGAGGCGCCCGUGGCCGUAGCGGAGGCUGAGGCAGCCGUUGCGGCGGUGACCAGCGAGUGA